AGUUUGUCCCUUGCGGUGAUCCGUCCUAGUGUUUGCCUGCAGCAAGAUGGCGGCGGUCUCAAUGUCAGUGGCGCUGAGGCAAGCGUUGCGGGGGAGAAGGGCAGCGGCUGUAGCUGCCGUUUCCGUUUCCAAGGUUCCUACCAGGUCGCUGAGCACUUCCACAUGGAGGUUGGCACAGGACCAAACUCGAGACACGCAACUCAUAACGGUUGAUGAAAAAUUGGAUAUUACUGCUUUAACUGGUAUUCCAGAAGAGCAUAUCAAAACUAGAAAAGUCAGGAUCUUUGUUCCUGCUCGCAAUAACAUGCAGUCUGGAGUAAACAAUACGAAGAAAUGGAAGAUGGAGUUUGAUACCAGAGAGAGAUGGGAAAAUCCUUUGAUGGGUUGGGCAUCAACGGCUGAUCCACUGUCCAACAUGGUUCUAGCUUUCAGUACUAAAGACGACGCAAUUGCCUUUGCAGAAAAAAAUGGAUGGAGCUAUGAUGUUGAAGAGAGAAGGGUUCCGAAACCCAAGUCCAAGUCUUACGGCGCAAACUUUUCUUGGAACAAAAGAACAAGAGUAUCCACAAAAUAGGUUGGCACGGAUUAUAUCUCUGCUUGUCUGUGAAUAAAGUCAGCUGUUCAGUAUUUAUAGUCCGUGUAUAUUACACCUCAAUCUCCUAAUAAAUUUGACCUUUAAACUACA